AUGUAUGAUGUCGCGGUUGAUAAGUUUGAAGAACCAGAAGAAACAUUACAAGUGUGUUGGGAAUGUCUUGCUUUAUUAAGGAGGUUUGAUAAAUUCAAGAAGCAAGUUCACACAGCCCAGGAAACUAUCCUUACCUUAAAAGACAACCAUGAGAAUCCUGACCACACUUACAGUUUUCCACAAUCUCUAUCGACAAUGGGAUUCACAAUGAAGAAUGGCUAUGACUUUUGCUACGACAAUACGAAUGAAAUUCAAACGGAAUGGACACCGAAGAUCGUCGCUGUGAGCUUCGGAGAUAACAUUAAGAAUGAGCCAAAUAAUGAUGAACAGAUGUUAGAAAGUACGCAGACGCUUGAGAAUCUCAACACAAUAGUAAAACCUCAAAUUUUCAUAAAACAAGAACCUUUAAAAAUCGAGGAGCUUAAUGAAAACAAAGAUGAAACAGUUUUACCUAACUUAACAAUCAGAGGUUUACCAUUACAAAUAAUUGGUGACAUCGUGAUUGAACAUGACAAUAAUCAAAUGGAAGUUGAUGUAGGAAAUCCCACUAUUGAUCAUGUACAAAAACCGAGACAUAUUAUUGGAGUUGGGUUGAAUAAAGCGCCAAAAACUUCUGCGGAACGUGGUCGAGAAUUCAGAGCACGAAGAGCACUGCUUAAAAAACAAAGUAAGCAACAACAGGAACAAGAUGCAAUAGUUGAAAUUGUUACAGAAGAUAUUCGAAUUGCUGAAAAAAGAGCAAAGUCUGCAGAGGCAACACGGCGAUGGAGAGAGAAAAAAAGAGGCAGUGAGUCAUCAAAAAGACAGGCGAAAACUGCUGCUCAACGCAUGCGAGAAUACCGAGAGAGAAAAAAAUUAGCAAAGAAAAUACCGUUGAAGCCGCAAAAGCUGACCAGAGGAGGGAAUUUACAAUCACAGCAACAAAUUGAAAGAUCAAAGCGCGCUCGAGAAUAUCGUGAAAGAAGAAAUUAUAAUAUCAACAUCGAAACAUUCUGUCCGAAACCACCUGAUGGUGAAAACACUACAAUAUAUACAAAAAAGGGCGAUAUAACAAUGAUAUUAUAA